CCGCUGCGUAACCUGCCCGCUGCAAUUUCUCUCUGAACAGCCUCAGUUCAGCCGAACAGGACAAACCAGAUCUCUUUCUCACAUGGACGCAGUGAUCCGUCGGUGUCCCUUCCUGACUGCUGUCCCUGGUGUUUUCCUCCACCUGGCUGGGAAACCAUCACUGGUGAACUAUGCCCGAAAGUGCCCUGUAAUGGGCCUGGCGUCUGGACAGGUGUCCAGAUCCGUGUCCUCCUCCACUUUUGCGUCCAAAGGCACAUUAAGGAAUGACGAUACACAGCAAAAGGUUAAGUUGCCCCAAGGUCAUGCCCUUCCACUUGCUGGCGGCCAGACUGUAGGCUCCAAAUGUCCCUUCCUGGCGGCUGAGAUGGUUCAGAAAAACAACAGUGUAGUGAAAGAGGUGCGGCUGGAGCUGCAGGAGGACGUCCAGGAGAGGCAUUCUUACCACACAGGAAAAAUGGCUGUGGACUUAUCGGUUGAGGAUCUGGUUGGGACACAAAAGGCCAACAGUGGUGCAACAGAAAAUCUUAUUAAAUCCAUAUCGUCCAAAGCGUCCCACUUGCUCAGGGAUAAUCUACCCGAAGGUUCCACUUUCAAGUACGACCAUUUUUUUGAGAAGAAAAUUGAAAGCAAGAAAGCCGACCACACGUACAGGGUUUUCAAGACUGUGAACCGCAGCGCCUCCUCCUUCCCCAUGGCGGACGACUUCUCACACUCUCUGCAAUCAAAGAAAAAUGUAUCCGUGUGGUGCAGCAACGACUACCUCGGCAUGAGCCGUCACCCCAGAGUCACUCAGACAAUCAUUGAGAGUGUACGUAAGCAUGGUGCUGGUGCAGGAGGCACAAGGAACAUUUCAGGAACAAGUAAAUUCCACGUGGAACUUGAAGCUGAACUGGCUGAUCUGCACGGAAAGGACGCAGCGCUGCUGUUCACCUCCUGCUUCGUGGCCAAUGACUCCACGUUGUUUACUUUGUCAAAAAUGCUUCCAGGUUGUGAAAUCUACUCCGAUGCAGGCAAUCACGCCUCCAUGAUUCAGGGCAUAAGAAACAGCGGGGCCAAGAAGUUCAUUUUCCGUCACAAUGACGUCAGCCACCUCCGAGAGCUGCUUGAGAAGUCUGACCCUUCCACUCCAAAGAUCGUUGCCUUUGAAACUGUGCAUUCAAUGGAUGGGGCCGUGUGUCCACUUGAGGAAAUGUGUGAUGUUUCCCAUGAGUUUGGUGCCAUUACCUUUGUGGAUGAAGUGCAUGCUGUGGGUCUGUAUGGGCCCAGAGGAGGCGGCAUCGGAGACAGAGACAAGGUCAUGAAUAAAAUGGACAUCGUCUCUGGUACUCUUGGCAAGGCGUUCGGCUGUGUGGGAGGCUACAUCGCCAGCACCAAAACGCUGGUGGACACGGUGCGCUCUUACGCCGCCGGCUUCAUAUUCACCACCUCCCUGCCCCCGAUGCUGCUGGCAGGGGCAACGGAGUCCAUCAAGAUCCUGAAAAGUGAAGAAGGCCAGGUGCUGAGGAGGAAACAUCAGAGGAGCGUCAAACUGCUUCGGCAGAUGCUGAUGGACUCCGGCCUCCCCGUCGUCCACUGUCCCAGCCACAUCAUUCCUGUGCAAGUUUCAGAUGCAGUGAAAAACAGCGAGAUCUGCGACAUCAUGAUGUCUCGGUACAACAUCUAUGUUCAAGCGAUCAACUAUCCCACCGUGGCGAAAGGACAGGAGCUGCUGCGCAUCGCCCCCACGCCACACCACUCCCCCAAGAUGAUGGCCUACUUCGUCGAUCGCCUGGUGAAGACGUGGACGGAGGCGGGUUUGGAGUUGAGGCCGCACUCCUCAGCUGAAUGCAACUUCUGCCAGCAGCCGCUUCACUUCGAGCUGAUGAGCGAGAGGGAAAAGUCCUAUUUCAAAGGCCUCAGUCACACGCUGUCAGCGGUGGCCUGACGUCAUGUGAAACAGUGAAUUCAGCUGUUAUCUACUGUUAAAUUUUAUAUUAUUAUUUAUUUUAAAGAAAGGUAUCAGGGGUCAUUUUCCUUCUUGUGGAUUCAUUUUUUGUAAAAAAAUGGAUUUUAUAUUCAUUGACUGUUUUCAUACAUAUGCGAACUGUGAUUUUAACUCAAACUUACGGCUAAAAAUGGACAAUUAUUGAACUUUUUUUUUUACAGUAUUCAUAUAUAGAGACAAAGGUGGUCUAAUGCACGGUACUCACCAAUACAAAGUAGAUUUCACUAUAUUGCACUUUAUAUUAUUUAUACUUUGAAACAUUUCAAACAGCUACAUACACGUCCAGUGUUUGAAAUAUUCCUCUUAAAUAUAUGCUUUGUUCAAAUUGUUAAAUGGAUAUGAAUGCCUUCCAGCUAAAUUUGGUGCUUUGGCUAAACCCCAGAAACAACAAGGACAAUCAGGCUGAAAAAAAAAUGAAAUACCAAACCUUUUAAGAAAUGGUCAAAUUUACAAACUGAAACAAAGUCAACCAUAGUUCAUUUCUGAAAUUCUGUUAUUUAAGUCUUUUAUGAUCUUUUUUAGGAAAAUAAAUGAACCUGAAUGGUAGAACUGCACAGAUGUGUUGAGAGACCUUCACUAAUUGUUUCAUCUGCUUUUUGUUGCUCCAGUUUUACUGUAAUAGUCAAAGUAAUUUGGUACAUUGUGUGUCGGGAAUAUUCUUGAUCAGUUGGUAUUUUCAAUCUGUUACUGUUUUAAAAAAUAAUUUCUGUAAUUAUGGCAGCAUGUUAUUAUAUUUUUGUAAAAUUGCUCUCCUCUUUUGCUUCUUCAUUAUUUUGCUCUACAAACUUGCACUGUUCCAUCUGUAUAAAUGUUCUACACUUCUUAUUCCCAUGAUGCCUCAUAUAUCAGCAUCCUCGCUCUCCAUGUUUUGAUCAGUUCUGUGCAGUCGCUGCGUCGCUCUGACCAGGUCCGAGCCAAACGUUUUUGGAUCCCAUCGAGUGAUAACAAGUUUAUUUUGGUUUCAUCUGACCAA